AUGGCUCAUCAAGAAAAAUUACGUACCUGGGUUAAAGCUUGCGAGUCUACGAUGCGAGAGUGUGCUCACGCUGAUAUACUAAAGCCUUUGACUUGCCUCAGCGAUUACCCACUUCUUCCGUACGACUACAAGGUUCUAGAUGGUUGCAUUGAAAGAGUUUUGCCUCAGUGGAAUCUUCAAGUCCUCGAUGAGAUCGAAGAUAUUUAUCCUUGCUCACCCUGCCAAGAAGGCAUGAUUAUCAGUCAGAUUCGGCAUCCCGACAGAAACCUUUACAAUCACGAGACUACGUGGAGAGUGACUCCAUCAGAGGGAAAUUUUGUGGACGUCAGUCGGCUGGAAGCUGCCUGCCGCAUCGUUAUCCAGCGACACCAAAUAUUGCGGACCGUUUUCUGCGAGGCCGGGGGACAGCAUGCACCAUUUGUCCAAGUUGUCUUUAAAGAUGCUGCUUCACUCAAGGUCCAGGUCUCCAAGUCAGAUCUUCCAGCCAGCGAUACUGCAAUCCCAGCACCGAGGGUCGUUGAUUCUACUAUGUUUCCCUAUCACCUGGCCAUUUGCGGGUCUCCGGAUGAAAUCUCUUGCAAAUUCGUCAUCAACCACGCCUUGCUUGAUGGUUCUUGCCUAAGAGUGCUGAUACGUGAGCUGUCCCUUUUAUAUGACCAGAUGAGCCUCCCAAUAGCCCCCCUCUACAGUAACAUCAUUCAUUACUUAUUAUCAAACCCAUCCGACGACUCAUAUGCUUAUUGGAGAUCUCUAUUGGAUGGUGUAAGCUCAUGUCAUUUCCCAAGCCUAAAUGAAUGCGAUGAAUCCAUCGCUGCUCCUGGAAGGCUCGACAUUGCGAUUCCAGACCGCCAGGUUGCAGCAUUGCGAGGAUUCUGUAGAGAACAUGGCGUUACCAUUGCCACCGUCAUGAGCACCGUUUGGGCCUUGGUACUUCAGACAUAUAUAGGAAACGAUGCAGAAACAGUCUGCUUCGGUUACAUGGCGUCUGGUCGAGACGUUCCGGUAUCUGAUGUUCAUGACAUGAUGGGGCCUCUCCUAAACAUGCUUGUCCAGAGAGUCGAUAUUCAGCCAUCAAUGACAAUCUCAUCUCUGGUUCGCAGUGUUUAUGAUGGAAUCGUCGAAAAUCUACCCCACCAGAAUUGCUCGCUGGCAAAAAUCCAAAGUGGUUUAGACCUUGGAGGACAAAGCCUAUUCAACACAUUGGUAAAUGUACAAAAGGUCUCUUCAGCCUAUGAGACCAGCGCAUCUUCUGCUAUCAAUUGGGAGCUUAUUAGAGAAGGCGGCCCGGCUGAGUACGAUGUUAUUUUUGGUGUAGUGGACUCUGACCAGACUAUCAAAGCCGACCUUCUCUUCUGGACCUCAUGCAUCUCUGAAGAGCAGGCUGUGGAUCUCCGGGAAACCUUGUUGCAGAUUCUAGCAUCUCUCUUGGAAAGCUCUAGCAAAUCAACAAUCAACGAGGUCAAUGCAUUUGCGGAAAGCCACGGUCGUCAGCUCCAUACAUGGAACUCACACAAUCCCCAUAUCGUCGAGUCUUGUUUACAUCAACUGUUCGAAGCGCAAGCCGUCAUUCAUCCAGAUGAUGCAGCAAUUAGCACUACAGGAGUAGAAGGAAAUUGGAUCUACGCCCAGCUAAACGAUGUUUCAACAAGACUCGCUGCCUAUCUCCAGUCCUGUGGAGUGGAAAUCGGCAUGGCUUUGCCAUUCUGCUUUGAUAGGUCACCAUGGACUGUUGCUAGCAUGCUUGCCAUUCUCAAAUCUGGAGGUGCCUGCGUUGCUCUGGAUCCCUCUUAUCCGAUUCAACGACUGAAAGACAUCAUCGGAAUAACGAGCGCUAGGAUAAUUAUUUGUGAAGAAAAGUACACUGAGUUAUUCGAAAGUCUACCAGAAAUAAUGGUGAUCUCAGUCAAUCAAGAGUUCUGGGAUUGUGUCCCAGAUGUCGUGAGUUACAGUUCGUCGGUCACGCCGAAUGAUCCAGCAUUCGUCAACUUCACUUCUGGAACUACAAUCAACAAACUCGAUGUGAAUUGGGCUUAUCUUACACCUACUGUUGCAAGUCUUCUUGACCCAUUAGAGGUCCCUAGUUUGAAGACCAUUUGCCUCGGUGGAGAGCCGGUGCUUGAUACCUUGGUGGCGAAAUGGAGAAACAAGGCUAGACUAAUCGCGACAUAUGGGCCUUCUGAAUGUUCAAUCGCCAUCUCUCGCUCCGAGGUUCGAGGUUUCGGCAACGGACAGCUCGGUCCUGCCUCGGGUGGCCUUCUCUGGAUCGUUAAUCCAACGGAUCAUGAUAAACUGGUGCCCAUUGGAGCCCCUGCUUGGGCGAAAGACUUCCCGGUGUCUGGCAUCCAAGAAACUGGACGACGUAUGUAUAAGACCGGAGACAUCGUCCGGUUUAACAAAGAUGGAUCAAUGAUCAUGCUGGGUAGGAAAGCCGAAGAUGGCCAGGCAAAAAUUCAUGGCCAGAGGGUGGAUCUAGGGGAAGUGAGUCAUCACAUAACUGCCAGCAAUAUCUUCAAACAUGCGAUAUGUUUCGUGGCGAAGAAAGGCCCAUGUGCCAAUAGGCUGACGGCAAUUGUUUCUUCCAUGGAUCUGGCAGACGCUAUAUUGGGAUCUACCGACCAGACUUUGACUAUACAAAACGGCCCAGAGGCGAGAGCGAGCAUCUUGGAUCUUCGUCGUUGGCUUGAGGAUCGUGUCCCAAGUUACAUGAUGCCACGAUCAUGGAUUUUGCUGGAAACAGUUCCCGUUACGCUCAAUGGCAAAUUGAACCGCCGCAUUCUCUUCCAAUGGCUUGAAUCUAUGGAUAGUGAGGCUUACGAGAGCAUACUAAAGCUGAACAAUGACGAUGAAACACAUUCAUUGGGCUCAUCAGAUGCUCUUAGCCCAAUGGAGGAGAGCCUGGUCAAAGCGUGGAGCCACGUCCUUAAUAUUCCAGAUGAACAAAUUAGUCUCAACCAGAGCUUUUUCAGCCUUGGAGGCGAUUCCAUUGCUGCAAUUAAGCUAUCUUCCCGAUUGCUCAACGAAAAUAUCCAAAUAUCUAUGCACGAUAUAUUGCAGUAUCGUACCCUAUCUGAGAUCGCCAAGAGGGCAACGAUGAUCAGCUCGACUUCCAGUGGCGUUCAGGUACAAGACAAUUUGCCUGAAACACCAUUCCCACUGCUAUCACGACGUUUGUCGCACCCACAGUUCGAGAAAUUAUUGGCCAAAAUUACAUCUACUCUUAAAGAUGUUGGCACCGACAUGGAGAAUAUCGAGGACAUUUACCCCUGCUCACCGAUGCAAGAAGGUAUCUUAUUUAGCCGCGCUAGGCAAGAUGGUCUAUACGAUUUGAUCAAUGAUUUCAAGGUUGUUUCCUGCAGGAGUACUGAACCUGUCAAUCUGGAGCGAUUUCGCCAUGCCAUUGACUUGGUCGUGGCGCAACAUCAGUCUCUUCGUUCCUUCUUUGUCGAAGGCGACGAUGUAACCCCAUACGUGCAAGUAGUUAAGAAAACGGUAGAGGCUCCCGUUACUUGUAUCAGUUCCUACAAUUCACAGGAGCCUUUCAAACAGUUGAUUGUGGAUCCUAUUCCGCUGCAGCACCUUGGGUAUCGGUUCAUUCUCUGUCAGGUCUCACCCACGAGAGAUGUUUACGGCAGACUUGAGAUAAACCAUGCCUUGAUUGAUGGGCAAUCCAUGAAAACACUCAUCACGGACAUUCUUCUUGCAUAUGAUGAACUACUGCCCCUCUCUCACACCCCGCCACUUUACGGAGACUUCAUCAGCUACCUCCAACAGCUCCCGACAGAGAAGUCGCUGGAAUACUGGACUUCUGUUGUGCGAGGCCUUGAACCAUGCAUCUUGCCAUCGCUCAACACACUGCAAGAUGGGCAAAAUGUGUGCAAUGCCAUCGAUGAGAUAUUGGGUUCACAUCUCACAGAACUGAUCUUCCAAUUCUGUAGGAACUAUGACACUACGAUUGCCACCGUCAUGAGCGCUGUUUGGGCAUUGGUGUUGCGGGCAUAUGUGGGAAUGGAUACAGUUUGCUUUGGUUUACUGACAUCUGGACGCGCAAUUCCGGUGCCACAUGCAGAAGCUAUCAUUGGACCCCUUAUUACUAUGAUGGUCUCGCGAGUCGAUCUGAAGAGAGAAAUGCCAAUUCUUGAUAUGAUUCGCAGUAUACACGAUGGCUUUCUAAGUGGGUUGGAGCACCAGCAUACCUCGCUCUCCACGAUACAACAAGCUUUUGAUGGGGGUAGGCAACGCGGGAAGAUGUUUAAUACAGUGGUGAAUGUACUCAAAGGGGGUGUUGCGGCGGUAGAAGAGUCGCCGUCCAGCAUCAAGCUCGAGGUCAUGGACGCCCGUGGCCCAACUGAAUAUGAUGCUCCAUUAGAUGUUGUACACACAGAUGCAAAUAUCUCCUUGAGUUUCAGCUAUUGGACAAGCUGUCUGUCAAAUGAGCAGGCUCAGCUCAUGCAGCAAACUUUUCUACAUGUUCUUGAAGGCCUCGUCCAGGGAGCCUCUGGUAAAGUGGGCGACCUGGAUAUACUUGGUGAAGCUCAUAGGUCUCAUAUUAUGCAAUGGGCAAGUGAAAUGCCUCCGACGAGUUACUCUUGUGUCCACGAGCACGUGGAAAAACGAGUUGAGAUGCAUCCUGAUGUAGACGCUAUCGUCACAUCGGAUUUACAAAUCAAGUACCAGGAACUGGAGAGUCUCUCCUCUCUUCUAGCGGCCCAUCUCGCCUUCUUGGGUGUCGGACCUGAGGUAAUGGUGCCUUUCUUCUUCGAAAAAUCGCCCUGGACCAUUGUGGUGAUGUACGCCAUCUUGAAAGCGGGCGGUUCUUGCGUGGCCCUCAGUCCAGAUUUUCCUGACUCGAGACUAACCCAUAUGAUCGAGGCUACUAAUGCAACGCUUGCUAUUUGUGACUCAAAGUUUGUAGAGAGGCUCAAAGCAUUGAUUCCAUUAAUCUUGCCGAUCGACGCGUCGGUCUCUACGGUCAGUGUCAUGAUGAAUCACUUGGAAACACUUCCCACCAAAACUCCGUCCCGGGCAAAGCCAUACCACCCAGCUAUUAUCGCAUUCACCUCGGGCUCCACUGGCACACCCAAAGGUAUCAUCCUGACUCAUGCCUCAAUGAGCACCAGUAUAUACGCACAUGGGCCUUUGGUUCAGAUUUCAGAAUCUAGCCGUGUUCUCCAAUUCUCUUCAUAUACUUUUGAUGCCAGUUUGGAAGAAAUAUUCACCACCCUCGCAUUUGGAGGUACAAUUUGCGUUCCAACCGAGUACGAGAGAAUGAAUGAGCUACCAGUCUUUAUCAAAACUCACCGGGUCAAUUUUGCUUCAUUGACACCUACUGUGGCAUCGUUACUAAACCCAGAAGAACUCCCGUUGAAAACGGUCGAUAUUGCUGGAGAGGUGGUCCCCCAAACACUAGCCAGCAAAUGGGCGGCGCACACGAACCUGGUGGUUACGUAUGGGCCCGCCGAGUGCUCGAUCAUCAGCUCUGGAAUGCUUGUUGACCCGAGCCAUGUUCAAAAUGGUACUCUUGGGAAGCCUGCGGGUACCUUGAUGUGGAUAGUUGAUGCCAAUGACCACAACAAGCUGGUUCCCAUUGGUUGCGCUGGCGAGAUUCUCAUCGAAGGACCCUUUCUGGCGCGCGGAUAUCUCAACAGAGACCAAACAGAGAAAUCUUUCAUAUUUGACCCUUCUUGGACACUAAAGUGUCCUAUCAAAGGCGCAGGAAACCGGCGUCGAAUGUAUAAAACAGGUGACUUGGCCCGAUAUGAACCCGACGGAUCCAUCAUUUACCUCGGACGAAUGGAUUCCCAAGUCAAGAUCCAUGGGCAACGAGUCGACCUGGGCAAGGUUGAGACGACUUUAUCAAGUCAUGGAGUGAGCCAGUCAAUUGCAAUGGUUCCCAAAGCUGGACAUUUUGCGAAGAAGUUGGCUGUUGUAUUCUCACUAAGCAACGCCUCCUCGGAGCCUGGUCAUAUUCUCGACCCCGUGACGGAUGACCAUACUGCAUCUUACGUGUCGGAGUUGCGAAAAGCUCUACAAGUUGCUAUAUCAGGAUACAUGUUGCCUCGCGUAUGGGUUCCAGUUGAAGCCCUCCCUCUAAAUCCAAACGGAAAACUUGAUCGUCGUAUGACGCGGCAGUGGCUGGAGAUGUUGGACGAGGAAGUUUGUGAGCGUAUUCUUGCUCUUGGAAACAGUCUAAAGCAGGCAUUAGUGCUUUCAGAUAUCGAGAAACUCCUAGUCUCUCCCUUCUUCAGCCUUGGUGGAGACAGUGUCUCUGCUAUACGGGUGGCAUCACAACUCAGAUCUCAGGGAAUACAUCUAGCUGUUCACGAUAUUUUCCGCCAUCGCACCGUGUCAGCACUUGCGGAUGUUGUCAGGAGUGGUAAUCCGGACUUGGAGGGAACCAUCGGCAAAGCCGAGCCAUUUCCUCUGACUCCAUCACAGCUCAUGCAACUUAGAAACUACGCUGAGAACAUAAGCACGGUUACCCAAAAUUUCAUCUUAAAACUCAGAAGACGGGUAAAUUUCGAUAAAAUGAAAGCUGCUUUCAAGGCGCUUAGUGAACGGCAUCCUAUGUUGACCGCGCGCUUCGAGCACGAUGCGAGUGGUGCAUGGUUACAAAGGUUGGUGGAUAUGCCAUCCAACCCCAUGGAUUUCAGCCAUUUGAAAGUGACAUCACUGGUAGAGGCACAGUCGCUAUUUGUCUGCAUGCGGACUUAUUUGGAUGUUGUAAAAGGCCCCCUCAUGGCUGCACGCUUAGUGGACGUUGAACCAUUAAAUACCGAAAGAAGUCAAUUACUGAACUUGAUUAUCCAUCCUGUCAUCGCAGACCAUCAAUCAUUGUUGGUCUUGCUGAAUGAUCUACAAACCCUGUUGCAGCAUGGCUCCCUUGGCCCCAAGCCAGCUUCAUUCCAAGCUUGGGUUCUUGGACAGUUCAAUGACUCCCAGCGACGGCCUUCCGAUAAUACUCAUUUUGCAUCGUCACGCACAAUCCAGACUGAUUUCAGUGGGUAUUGGGGUUUGAAACAUCAAUCCAAUACUUUCAGUGGCGUCAAAUCCUCUGACAUAAUAAUUGAUGCUGACACAACGUCCCUCCUUCUCGGAAAAGCAAACGGGCCACUAAGGACAGAAACUGUUGAAAUAUUGUUGGCUGCUCUCUGUGGCUCUUUCGCAGAUGUGUUUACUGACCGCUCUCCACCGAAGGUGUUCUGUGCAAGAAGCGAUCGAGAUACCGCGGCUGGUGAUAAUAACAUCUCUAGCACUGUUGGGUGUUUUACAACCAUAUCAACUAUAUACGCAGAGGAUCAUAUGGCAGCGUCUUCUAGCAUCGAUCUUGAAACACGCACAGUAAAUACUCUGAGAUCGGUCAAAGAUCAGCGCCGCUUCGUUCAUUCUGGCUUCACGGGGCUUGAGGAGAUGGAGAUUUUAUUAACUUAUACUGAAAACACAUACCUUGAAACGCCUUUAUUUCAACAAAUACCCACGGAUAAAUGUUACGAUAUCAUUCAACACCAGACAAGACAAUCUUUCAUUGAGGUAUCUGCAGAAGUCAUCCAUGGACAAUUAAAUGUCAACUUCUUUUACCACAAGGAUUUGUUACACCAAAAGGCAAUUAUUUCUUGGAUCCAAACAUUCAAGGAUUUGCUUAGUUCUUCUGCCUCUAUUUUGACGCAAAUCAAACCUAUACCUACACUAUCAGACUUCCCUCUUCUAGCCAUCAAAGACUAUGCUUCCCUCGACAGUUUGUUUGAACGCUGCAGGUCGCAGAUGCAGAUCCCAGAUAUCUCUGCUGUCGAGUCUAUCCAUCGCUGUUCGCCAAUGCAAGAAGGAAUUUUGCUAAGCACUUUGCGAUCGACUAAUAUUUACGAUGGACAAGAAUUCUGGAGGGUGCUCCCAAAAUCCUCCAGUGAGAGUAUAGACAUGUCCAAGCUUGAAGCAGCCUGCAAAAGCGUCAUUGGUCGCCACGAUAUACUCAGAACUCAUUUUGUUGAAGUUCAUCAUGGACGUGCAGCCUUCCUUCAAGUUACUCUCAGAGAAGUCAAUCCUCCAGUACGUCUAACAACUUUUAACGAUUUGGAUGACUUGAUGCAUCAACCAUUGCCGCAACUGCAUGAUGCAUCCAUUCUCCCGUACUUUUUCACGUUAUGCAAAUUAGCAACUGGUGAUAUUUAUUUGCGUCUCGAUAUCAGUCAUGCGAUCUCUGAUGGCGUGUCAACUGGAAUUUUGAUGCGCGAUCUCCUUUUGGCCUACGAUGGCAGACUCUCGCCAACGGGGCCUUCUUACAAGAACUACAUGUCCCACCUGGAAUCUCAGUCUGCAGAACAAAAGCUUCAGUUUUGGAAAGACAAUCUUAAAGACGCAACACCAUACCUUUUCCCUCUACUGAACGAGUCAAGAGUUGGAAAUCCACCUGUGCACCAGAGCACAAGUGUGCAGCUUUCUACUCAGCAGAAGGAUCAAGUGCGCGAGUUCUGCAAAUUGCACAAUACGACAUUAGCAAACUUUAUGUCGGCAAUUUGGGCAAUGGUUCUCCCAUGUUUUUCUGAUGCCUCUUCUGAUACGGCUACUUUUGGUUAUCUGGCAUUAGGCCGAGAUAUUCCACUCUCCGGGGUGGAUGAUAUUUUAGGUCCGAUGAUAACCAUGCUGAUCCGCAGUGUCAACGUUAAUCCUGAAACAACUGUUUUACAACUUAUUGAGGAUAUGCAACAGGAUUUCAUUAAAAGCUGGCCUCAUCAACAUUGCUCGCUUGGCGAAAUUCACCACGCUUUGGGACUUAACGGCACCCCACUGUUCAAUACGAUUGUCAACCUAGGCAACGCAGGUGGCUUCAGGAAAACCGAGAACGUGCCAAGUGGUAUCCUUUUUGUGCCCGAAAACGUUCAGAGCCGCAGCGAGUAUGAUAUCGCCUUCAACAUUUUGGAUUCUGAUGAAGGUUUCUGGUUAACUCUUAGUUACUGGGAUCGCUGCCUUUCCGAGGCUCACGCUACCGUCCUUUCGCACACUAUCCAGGCAGCUAUUUCUUCCGUUCUUGAAAAGCCGGAACAACGCAUUUCUGACGUGGCUUUGGUGGACAACUUCCACAUGCAACUGAUGCAGUCUUGGAAUGCAGACAUACCCGAACCAAUAUUAGAUUGCAUCCAUUAUGCCUUUGAGAGACAGGUGAAGUUGCAGCCGGAAGCCCCUGCCAUCUGCUCCAGCGAUCCCAAGAUAUCGAUCUCGUAUGAACAGCUAGACUAUAUGGCCAACAAACUAGCGCACUCUCUGCGAGAUAUUGGGGUAGGACCUGAGUCUCUAGUACCAUUCUGUAUGGACAAAUCCCCAUGGACACCGGUGGCCAUGAUCGCGAUCCUCAAAGCUGGUGGUGCCUGCGUUGCCCUUAAUCCAGGUCAGCCGAUUCAAAGACUUGAGGGUAUUAUCAACGCCUCAAACACCGAUGUGGUCCUAGUAGCGCCACAGCACAAAGAUCUUCUCGCUGGCAUCGUCCCUCAUAUCGUUCUUGUUGGGGAAGAAUCUCUAAAGAGCCUUCAACUUUCCACCCAGGCAUUUCAACCCAUGUCUACAGCUUCUCAAGAAAACCACACUAACCCAGCUUUUGUUAUCUUCACUUCUGGAAGCACGGGAACCCCCAAGGGCAUUGUGGUUGAACAUGGUGCAUUUUGCUCUAGUGCGCGAUCCCACGCCCCGAUUUUAGGCCUACAUAGUGGUACACGAGUCUUGCAAUUUGCAUCUUACACAUAUGACCUGAGCAUUGCCGAGACGUUUACCACUCUGAUGGUGGGCGGCUGCAUCUGCGUACCUUCUGAGUAUGACAGACUGAAUCGACUUGCUGCAGCUAUUAAUGGAAUGGAAGUCGAGUGGAUGUUCCUUACCCCAACCGUGGCGGCUUUGUUGCAGCCCGAACAAGUGCCCACAGUGAGAACUCUUGUUCUUGGGGGAGAGCAUGCAACUCAAAACAACUUCUCAUCCUGGGGCGGCCGGCCAGGGAUAUGCCUCAUCAACAGUUACGGCCCGGCGGAGUGCUCCAUUUGGACAAAUGCCAACGUUGGUGUCAAACCGACGUCAGAUAUUUCCAACCUGGGACGCCGACUUGGCUGCUCGCUAUGGGUUGUAGACCCCCGAAACCACCAUCGCCUAUUCCCAAUGUAUGCUCGAGGUGAGCUGGUCAUUGGUGGUCCAACUUUGGCAAGAGGCUAUCUUCAUGACCCGGUCAAGACAGAUGCAGCAUUCAUUCAACCGCCAGCCUGGUUCAGCGAGCACAGCGAUAGAGAGAGACGAUUUUACAAGUCGGGCGAUCUUGUAUAUUAUACUCUGGAUGGAUCUCUAUCUAUCCAGGGUCGUAAAGAUACCCAAGUCAAAGUUCACGGACACCGAAUUGAACUUGAUGAUAUUAAUCAUAAUAUGGCCCGGAUUCCGUUAAUCGAGCACGCCAUGACGCAAUUGCCACGUACAGGGCCACUAGAAGGUCGUCUUGUGGCAGUAGCAUCACUCAAAGAAGACAGACCUCUAGCCAGCUCCCCUCAGCAAACCCUCAAGAUCAUUAGUGACUCGAAUCACAUGAAGCAUGCCGCCACAAAACUUGGACAGAUCAGAUCCGAACUAGAAAAACAACUACCUAAGCAUAUGCUCCCGACUGUGUGGGUUAUUGUUCAGAAGAUGCCGUUGCUCUCCUCCGGAAAGCUAGACAAACGUACUGUUAAUGCCUGGUUGGAUGCGAUGGACGAAGAGGCAUACGCUCAAAUAAAGGCAAUGUUAACUUCAGAUACGGCACCAAUGUUGGCACAACCUGAAAACGAUACCGAGAGCCUUUUGCAGAAGGUCUGGUCUGAGGUAUUGAAGUGUGAAUCCUCAACCAUUGGGAUGACUGUCAGUUUCCUUGGCUUGGGUGGUGAUUCUAUUUUGGCUAUGCGGGCUAUAUCUACCGCGCGCGCUGCUGGCAUCAACAUUUUUGUUCAGGAUAUUUUUAGGCUGAAGACGAUCCGUAAGCUAGCCGAGCAUGCCAGCAUAGCGGGAACAGUCGACCAGCCCAUCGCGACGCCUGGAUGUUUUACUCUCCUGCCAACCAAGGGACCACAACAGCUUACCCGACUUAUCAACGAUUGCGUAUCAAUUUUGCAUCUUGAUGGAACUGGUGUUGGUAUCGAAGAUAUCUUUCCCUGCUCUCCCAUGCAAGAGGGUAUCUUAAUCAGUCAGGCCAGAUCACCGGAUCGCUACCAUGUGCGAGCACUGUUCGAGGUUUUAGUUCAGCCAACUGAAUUGGUUGACGUAGAGAGACUAGAGCAAGCUUGGAUCAAAGUAGCUCAGCGUCACCAGGCAUUGCGAUCCGUAUUUUUAGAGGAAGCUUUGGGUGGAGAGGUUCUCAAAUUGGAAUGCCAAAGGCUCGAAGAAUUUUCCGAAUCCAUUGAGGUGAACCAAUAUGCCAAGGAUGGUCCCCCAUACCGGUUUUCCAUCUGCAAGCUUCCCUCUGGAGUGGUAUAUUGCCACUUGUCUAUGACUCAUGCCCUGGAUGAUGGUUCUUCCAUGCGCGUACUGCUCCGGGAUGUGUGCCUUGCGUACGAUGAUCUACUCCCAAGGGGAGAUCCGCCACUCUACAGCAAUUUCAUAUCUUAUAUUCAGCGACAGCCAAAAGACGCAGGUCUAAAGUUUUGGCAAUCAUAUCUCAACGGGGCUACGCCCACUCACUUCCCGGUGCUCAAGAAACCUGUGUUAGCCGAUGCUAGCGAGGAUGGCAUUGUUGAGCGAUGGAUCGAAGGAGAUAAGACAAGCUCUCUACUUCGACUUUGUGAAGAGCACGAAAUUACGAUUGCGGAUGUGUUCAAGACGAUUUGGGCCAUAGUUCUGCGCUCGUUUGUCGGCACUGAUUCAGUGUGUUUUGGAUAUCUUGCUUCAGGUCGUGAUGCUCCUAUCUCCGACGUACAUAAUAUUAUGGGACCUCUUAUCAAUAUGCUGAUAUUCCACACCCAUAUUGAUGAAACUAAGUCUCUCUUAGAACUUUGCAAAGAAGCAAACGACUCGUAUCUCGAGGCACUACCACAUCAACAUUGUUCGCUCAAAGAGAUUCUACACGCGGUCCGGGGACCUGGACAAUCUGCUGCUCUUUUCAAUACAGUUGUGAAUGUGCAGAAGGGAGUAACCGCAUUCUUUGUCGAUGAGCAGGAUUCAACAGCUCAUCGAACUAUCGAUCUUCGUAGUCGUAUCUUUCAUGACCCAACCGAGUAUGAGCUGAGCAUCGAUGUGCAAAAUUUUGAGAGUUCGAUUGUCAUUCUGAUGAAUUAUUGGACAUCUCUACUAUCAGUGGAACAAGCCAAUCGGCUUGCGGACCUUGUUGUCGCUGUUGUUGAAAGGCUUGUAGACGAUCCGAUACGAACUGUCGGCGAACUUGAACUCCGCACCAGCGGUGACGCGGCUUUACUGUCUAGCUGGAACCAUGCACCACUAGUGGAAGAGGGCCGGUGUCUUCAUGAAGUUAUCGAGGAGCAAGUUGCUUCUAAACCCGAUGCGGUUGCUAUUGUCUCCGACGAAGGCUCUCUUACCUUUCAUCAGCUCGAUGGCAUGGCUAACAGACUUGCCCAUCAUCUGGUUCAAUUAGGUGCAGGCCCUGAGGUAAUUAUCCCGUGCUGUUUUGAGAAGUCAAUUUGGGCCAUUGUUGCCAUGCUAGGUGUGCUGAAAGCCGGUGCUGCCUGCGCCGCUCUUGAUCCGGCCCAUCCUUUAGAGCGCCUGCAAACAAUCUUAAAGGAUACUCAAGCACCAUUUAUUCUUUCAUCUUCUUCUCAAACUGCUCUUGCAGCACAAACAAAUCUACAAGCGGUCGUAGUCACGGAGGAGACACUGAACAAGCUGUCUUUUUGCGCCUCUGCUCCAAUCACUGAUGUCAAACCCGACAACAAAGCAUUUAUCGUCUACACUUCUGGAAGUACUGGGACUCUAAAGGGUACUAUACUUGAGCAUCGCAACCUAUACGCAUCCUCUCGAGGGUUCGGCAUGUUUGGCAUGAACAGUGAAUCCCGAGUGGCCCAUUUCUCUUCCUAUGCUUUUGAUGUUAGUAUCGGAGAGACGAUUCUCGCGCUGACACACGGCGCUUGUGUGUGCAUCAUAUCGGAAGAGGAUGGACUUGGGGAUCUAACAUCAGCGCUGAACAGACUUCAAGCGACGUUUACACAGUUGACACCAACCGUGGUACGCACCUUAGAGCCGAGCGAACUGCCGUAUAUGAGAACGGUAGUGACGGCUGGUGAGCUUCUGACAAACGACAUUAUUAACAAAUGGACCGACAAAGUUCAACUUUUCAAUUCCUAUGGGCCCUGUGAGUGCGCGAUCAAUUCAACCGGGACCGAUUUGCUCAAGGCGGAUGCCCGAGGCGCUGUGAUUGGAAAACCUCUGCAGUCGAGGCUUUGGAUAGUGGAUCCCGAAAACGAUCAACUACUCGUUCCUCCAGGGGCAGUAGGUGAAUUGGUGGUUAAUGGCCCAAUUGUGGGACGCGGUUAUCUAAAUAACCCCGAUAGAACUAAGGCUGCAUUCAUGGAUAUGCCACGAUGGGCCAACGCCUCCGUACCCGUUGGUCGAUUCUAUAAGACUGGAGACUUGGCUCGCUGGACAUCUGACGGCAACAUAUACUACCUAGGACGCAAGGAUGUCCAAGUCAAAAUUCAUGGUCAGAGGAUUGAGUUAGGGGAGACACUAUAUCAAGGAGGGGGAAUAUCCGUUAUCGACGAUGUCGACCUUAAAUCGAGGUUGUUGGCAGAGUUUGCCGAUAUUACUGAAUCGGUAAAGAAGAGUUUGCCGCGGCAUAUGGUUCCCAGUCUGUGGAUACCAGUCCACAAUGUGCCCAAACUGCCUUCUGGAAAGACCAAUCGUCGCUUCAUUAGUCAAUGGCUUGAGGAGAUGAGCCAAGAGCUGCACACGGAAUUGACUACAUCUUCGCAGCCGAGAAUUGUUCCUCCAAAUUCCGACAUGGAAGCAAUGCUCCAGAGGAUCUGGGGAGAUAUCCUUCAUCUCGACUCGAAGAGCAUCAGUACAGACCAGAGUUUCUUCUCACUUGCUGGCGACUCUGUAUUGGCUAUGCAGCUCAUGGCUCACUGCCGUGCUGAGGGUGUGAUUGUGAAGGUGCGGGAUAUCUUCCAGUACACAACUAUUGCAUCCCUGGCCCCUCGUUUUACUCGUGAAAUGGGCGAAUUGUAUGGCGUAUCAGGUGAACAUAUGCCGCAGAAAACUAUCAUUGAAGCUGAGCAAGGGGACCUAGAUUUAGAUGACGUGUCAAACAUUGAAGCCGUCUACCCUUCUUCACCGAUGCAGCGCAGUAUUCUAACAAUACAGGAAACACAAAGGAAUGCGUGGUUUGCAAGCUUCAUAGUAGAAGCCGAAUUGCCCACUCAACAUAGACCGACUCAAUUGGAAGACCUCACCAUGAGUUGGCAAAUGGUUGUCAAUCGGCACUCUAUAGUUCGCACUGCAUUCAGAACUGGGAAACACACUGAUCGGUACUACCAAAUCAAGCUGAAGAAGUUCUCAGCUCCCGUUUCCUACAUUACGGAUGCUUCAUCUGCUGAUCACACAUCUAUUUUCAACGUCUCACCUAAUAUCCCCGAAUUUGGAUUACCGCCACAUCACCUGGUUCUCGCAGAGGCCACAUCGGCAAAACGUGUCUUCAUUCAGCUACAGAUUAGUCACGCCCUGUAUGACGCCGUGGGUAUAUCAGUAUUAUGGCAUGAUUUCCAGGUCGCAUACUCUAGCGUCCGGGGAGGUGGUGUUGCUCUGGACAGCAUGCCUGUUUUCCCUUACCAAAAUUUCAUAUCCUACAUUGACAAUCUGCCCAAGCCAAGUGCUCUCAACUUCUGGAAGAAUCACUUGGACGGCUUUUCACCAUGCUUCUUUCCAUCUCUAUCCUAUGAAAGGUCGGACCAAGCCGCUGGUGCGGCAGGGCCGUCAUCUGUGCCAACUCCUCUUCUUUAUGGGUCAUUCAAUAGCAUUGCGAUCCCUAUCAAUAGGAUUGAUAAGAUUCGCGCAUUUUGCAAAGAGCAAGCUGCUACGACUGCCAACCUAUUUCAGACUGCAUGGGCUCUCGUACUUCGUCAAUUUACCAAGUCAGACGACGUAAGUUUCGGAUUUAUGCUCUCUGGACGCGAUGCUCCCCUACCCGAAGUCGAUACCAUCUUGGGUCCUCUCAUAAACCUCCUGCCUUGUACAGUUAAAGCUAGUGACCACAAGACUCUUCGGUCCAUGUUACGGGACUUACAAUCCAACUACGCCGAAACACUGAUUAACCAAAAUUGCUCCCUGGAAGAGAUCCGCAUCGCCCUUGGGGUUGAAGGGCCAUUGUACAACACAUUUCUUAAUAUGCAGCGAGUGACAAGACAAUCGCCUUGCUCGCAGAGCAGUAUCCAAUUCAAAGAAAUUGAUGCGUUUAUGGCAGAUGAAUAUGCUAUCUCCGUUUACGUAUCGGAUGUUGGUGAUGAUGUAUUUAUGGAAUUGUCGUACUGGACGUCGAUCCUCAGCGACGAAGAUGCGAAGAUGAUUGGCCAGGCUUUACUUAAAGCACUAGAUCUUCUAUUCGAUGCUAAAGCAACGGAUGUUAUGUUGAGUCUGACAUUAUAA